UGAUGUGCUUUGUCAUCUCCAAUGGCAACGCCUUGCAUCACAAUGAAGAUGUCAUAAAGGAUAUUGUGCACAUAAUGAUAGGAACAGCCAAAAUCGAUUCAUUUAGAACUUGGUCGCUUUUCUAGUAGCCAACAAUUUACUAGGAAUUCAGAUAGGCCUAUUGCGUAAUCAUCUCUGGAUUGGGAUUGUCACUUGCUUAAUUGUAAGUAAAGGGGAAGAAAUGUGAGCACAUCGUAAAGAGAUGUAUUAUUCUUUGGUUAGCAACACGCCACUUACUACAAUGUUAUGUAUUUUCCAGAGUUAUUGUUAGCUAGGAGGAAGACAUGGACGGUUCAACGCUGACACAGAGGAGGGCUGAGUGUCAGUUGAAGGAAAGGGAGAUCCAGACAGACUACAUGAUGGAGCUAGGAGCCAGGUUGGCUCUGGUGAGACAGAUCCAGAGGGAGCAGGAGAAGGAGAUAAAGAGGAUUUGGUUUGAGACGAGGAAAAUGCCAAGCCUGAUUGAGGAGAAUGUGAGAGAUGUGACCAACCGUCCACUCACUGAGUUCAUGGCUCCCUGUAUUGACUCCCUCCCACCACUGGCUUUCACCAAUCGGAGGCCUAUACCAACCAUGUUGCAUCCCCCCUCUCCAUUGGCCAUAAGCACUCAGGAUGCACAGCGGUUCAUUGUAUUUUCCUACUUUGUCCCUGCUGAGUGCCCAGUUGCCACAGAGGCCACUGCAGAUGUAUCUACUGGUAAAAUAGAGGACUUGUCGACAGAUACACAUCUUUCCUCAAUGCUGCAUCGAUACCUGCCACACUUCUUUAACGAUGACUCCAUUCCACCACAGCAGACAGUAGAGGGAACCACUGAGGUCUCAGUUGAUCCAGUGGUAAUAUCUAGUAUCAAGGAAGAGGACAGAUUCUAUCCGUUCUCCCUCCCACCACUGGCUCAGCGGCUCAUUGGCAAUUCAUUCAUUGUCCCGGAAACAUCCCAUCUUGCUGUUUCAGCCACGGAGUGCCGAGUUGCCACAGUGGCCACUGCAGGUACAGCAACUGUCAAGAGAGAGAACCGAUGGGCAGCUAGAAUUCUUCCUUCAGUGCUGCCUCCAUGCCUGCCACCAGUCGUUGACAUUGACUACAAACUGCCAGGGGCGGCAGUAGAGGGCACCAGCAAGUGUCCAGUUGCCAGUGAAGCAGCAGCUUCCGUAUCUACUGUCCUCCAAGAGGAGUUUUUGACUGAUAAAAGUCCUCCUGCACCCACAGCACUGCCUCUAAGGCUGCCCUGGACCCACAAUAUUGACCACAAACAGCCAGAGGAGACCGUUGAGAACACCACAGAGUGCUCAGUUGACAUAGAGGCAUGUACAGUUGCAUCCACUGUCAAGAGAGAGGAACUGAUGGGUGAUAAAAGCCCUGUCCAUGCACUUCCUCCAAGCCUGGCAUGCAUCCAUGACAAGGACCACAAGCAGCCAGAUCAGAAAGGGAGGGGCACUACUGUGGAGCUGGAUAUCUGCCCUCACGCUCAACAGCUGGUCUCAGAUGCUAACUUAACUCUGGCAACCCGCAAUGAUGAGCUGCCUACCCCUCUGAUCUGCGUGGUCACUAAGAUGCCUGUUAGAGUGGGAGAAUCCACAUGCAGUUCAGAGGGUGAGGAACCCAGGCCCUGGACCCUGGAAGAGGCAAAGGUAGGUGUCGUAUUUCACCCUACUACUUUACAGGGAUGGUGGUCAGUUCCAUUUUAAUUCAAUGCGUUGAAGAGAAUUGGAAUUUUAGAGAACUUCCUGAAUUGACAGGAAUUGACCCCAACCCUGCUGCUCUUUGCAAUAGUAUAAAACAUCACCCCUCACUAGGGUUAACAUGUGCAUUACUUUUAGUAUGGACCCAGGAAGUAAAUUUAUAGGUAUUGUAAAAUCUAAUGAGGAUACAAAAAAACAAAUGACCUUAAUUACUGUCCCCCAAAUU